AUGAUCCGCAAGACGACCAUUCUCCUCCUCGCCUUCUCGCUUCUCGCCCUCUUCGGAGCGCACCAACAAGUCCGUGCCGAAAGCUCGACGACCGAGGCUCCGGCGGCUGCUGCUGGUUCCACGGCGGCCGCCACCGCCGCGGCGCCGGAUCCCGCGCCUGCCGCAACUGAGGCUCCUGCUGCUGCUGCUGGUGCUACGACCGACGCUGCCGGUGAAUCGACGACUUCUUCGGUCUACGCCACGCACUACGGACUCGGUGAGUUGCGAGAUGCACCACAUCUUACGACAAAAUGCACUUUCAGGAGCGUCUCUGGUGUUGCUCGUCGUCGCCACACUCUGA